AGCCGCAGCAUGGCCAGCACCUUCGCCCGCGCCCUGGCCGCCCGCAAGUCCGCCGGCCUCCUGGCCGUGGUGGGCGCCGCCGGCUCGCUCACCGCCGCCCUCCUGCUCGCCCGGGACUCCGCCGCCGCCGCCGCCCCCCAGCGCCGCCUCUACCCGCCCAGCGCCGAGUACCCGGACCUGCGCAAGCACAACAACUGCAUGGCCAGCCACCUCACCCCGGCCGUCUACGCGCGCCUCUGCGACAAAGCCACCCCCAGCGGCUGGACCCUGGACCUCUGCAUCCAGACCGGCGUCGACAACCCCGGGCACCCCUUCAUCAAGACCGUGGGCAUGGUGGCCGGAGACGAGGAGUCCUACGAGGUCUUCGCCGACAUCUUCAACCCGGUGAUCGAGGAGCGCCACAACGGCUACAACCCCCUCACCAUGAAGCACCCCACCGACCUGGACGCCAGCAAGAUCAAGGCGGGCCACUUCGACGAGCGCUACGUGCUGUCUUCGCGGGUGCGGACGGGCCGGAGCAUCCGCGGGCUGAGCCUGCCGCCGGGGUGCACGCGGGCCGAGCGGCGGGAGGUGGAGCGGGUGGCCGCCGACGCCCUGAGCGGCCUUACCGGGGAGCUGGCCGGCAAGUACUACCGCCUCGGCGACCUGACGGACAAGGAGCAGCAGCAGCUCAUCGACGACCACUUCCUCUUCGACAAGCCCGUGUCCCCCCUGCUCACCGCCGCCGGCAUGGCUCGCGACUGGCCCGACGCCCGCGGCAUCUGGCACAACCACGAGAAGACCUUCCUGGUGUGGGUCAACGAGGAGGACCACACGCGCGUCAUCUCCAUGGAGAAGGGCGGCAACAUGAAGCGCGUCUUCGAGCGCUUCUGCAAGGGCCUCAAGGAGGUCGAGCGCCUGAUCCAGGAGCGGGGCUGGGAGUUCAUGUGGAGCGAGAGGCUGGGCUACAUCCUCACCUGCCCCUCCAACCUGGGAACCGGCCUGCGCGCCGGCGUCCACAUCAAGCUGCCCCUCCUCAGCAAGGACAGCCGCUUCUCGAAGAUCCUGGAGAACCUGCGGCUGCAGAAGCGGGGCACGGGGGGCGUGGACACGGCCGCCACCGGCAGCACCUUCGACAUCUCCAACCUGGACCGUCUGGGGAAAUCAGAGGUGGAGCUGGUGCAGCUGGUGAUCGACGGCGUCAACUACCUGAUCGACUGCGAGCGACGCCUGGAGCGGGGGCAAGACAUCCGCAUCCCCUCGCCGGUGCCCCAGUUCCGCACCUGAGCCUCCCCGAAGGCGGGGGGGGG